CAAACGAUACAUGGAAGAGGUGUGGAGCAAAAAACGUUCCCCAUCCCUCGUGUCUGCAGGAUAGUUAGAGAUCAUAAGCUUCAUUUGUCUAUUCAAACUUCUCGUCGUUGGCAGCAAAAAUAUAAGCCGGAGUUGGAGAAGAAAGGACACAAAAUUGAUUUCAAUGAUUGAGAUGAUGCAAAUCUCAUCUUUGUCUGAGAGCAGUUUGAUACCAAUCGGCUCUACCAGGACUGGUAGCUGGUCGGGUGGGAAGAAUGGCCGCGGCUCACGACAUCGUGGGAAGAGCAAGCUUAUGGAACAAAUCGACUUGUUCUUGGAAGGCAUGGGGCUUUAUCGCAAACAAACGGCCAGAGAUGCUACAUGUCUUUUCCGGGCUGUUUCGGAACAAGUUUUUUAUAGUCAGUGUUUUCAUUACUCUGUCCGGCUUUCCUGCAUACAUUUCAUGGAACGAAAUCGUAACCUUUUUCCGGAGAAGAUUGACGGUGAAAAAUUUGAAGACCACGCGAGACGUAUGAGAAGUCCACGCGAAUGGGGUGGCCAUUGGGAGAUGCAAGCCAUGGCCCUCCUUUACAAGAAAGAUUUCAUCAUCUUUAAUGACAUAAAUACAGCUCCAGUACAAGUGACAGACAAUAACUUCGCGGAUAAAAUGUUGCUGUGCCGAAUCGGACCCAACCAUUUUGACUCGGUCUUUGCCAAAUCCUUUAUCGACAACACAGCUGUCUGUCAAGGUUUAAUUUACGAACUACUAUACGGCCAAGUUUUUGGUAUGGAAGACAUAGACACAGCUGUCCAGGUGAUGCUUUACGAGGGUAAACAAUCAAAGGACAGUUUUGAGGUGUCUACUUCGUUGCGGGAAAAUCAAGCGCGACCCAAUAGUGUAAUUAAUGUUUUGGUAAAAGGCGGUACGCCCUUUCCAUAUAAAGUAGCCAAAGCGCUAGAUCCAAGAAUGUACCGCAACGUGGAAUAUGAUUUGUGGAAUGACGAAAGAAAAGAGUUGAAAAAGAAUAACAUAUUCCACAACGAGAUUUUACAGAUCGGUUCCAAAUGUAUGGUAACCAUCAGUGAGAAUCCGAAUCACCAGUAUCCGGCUUACAUCCAAGAUAUGCAGCCCGACAAAGGACCCGUCACCGUUUUCGUCGAGGUUCUUGGCGAAAUGUGUACUGUUCCAUAUGAUAAUAUUGAACCUAUAGUACUUCCAUUGGCAAAAACACGCUGUCUCCUCAUCAAUGGGACGCAAUUACACUCUCAAACCACUCAGUCUGUUCGCUUCCGGCGAUUCAAACCAAGUCGUAUAGGAGAAAAGAAUACCACUUUACGUGAAAUCACUGACAAGAUACAAUGCUCACUGCCAAAAAUGCAAUCUGCCGUGGAUUUCAACAAUAAUCAAACGAUUAAUCAAGUGGUGUUAUGGAGUCAUAAUGGGGCCAAUUCCAACAGCAAUAGCAAUUCGGUAGCCAAUUCUCCAGAAUCAUCUGGUAGUCGAGAGACACAUUGCACUGUAGAUUCUGCUGAUUCGUCGCAGUCCGCUAAUGGACCACAAAUUGAAUCGCCAUACUACGUCGUAUCCCCACCUUCGCAACCUCAUCAAUGGGGACUGUAUCCGUCUAUUCCUCCAUGUCCACCUCCGCAGCUUUCUUAUGCACAGCAAACACAGCAACAGGCCGUUCAUAUGCCGACUCCAUUAUAUGUAACAUUCUCUGAUGGGACCACGAUGAUGGUACCGACUCAUCGCAUUCAAGACUCUUCUCAGCAGCAACAGCAAACCCAUCCCUUUGUGUAUCACUACGACUCUUCCGGCAUGCCGUCAGCUGCAUCUUUUCCUCCACAUUUUGGAAUGAUCAGCGAGAACAUCGAUCCGCAGUUGGAGAACAUUGGGAUGAAUUUGGAACAACAGCUCGUUCUUCACCAAGAAGAAAUUUACGGUUCGUUACCGUCGCUUAUGCCAUUUCCACCUGGCUCGCUUGGUUACUGGCCAGCGGAACAGCAACAAAUUUCGCAUCAACUCCUACCAGCCGGGUAUUGUCCACCGCCACAUCACCAUAUGCAACAACAGCAACAGUGUGCUAAUCCGCCGGUAGCUAAUGGAGAAAUGGCACCAAUGACAGUAUUUUUUUCGACCCCUUUCCCUUAUCAGCUGAGUACCUAAUUUUCUAUUCAAUUUCGACGAAUAGCAGUGUUUCCCUACACGCGUGCUAACCUCUAUUAUUCAUUGCCAGAAAUGAAAUUUUUUCUAGGGACUAUUGAGCCCAUCCUCUAUUAUAUAAAAGAAAAAGAAACCCUAUUUUAUGUUUAGGGUUUAUAUCAAGUAUCAUUUAACCGUUUCUACGUUUUGUUAAGAAGAUAAAACUAAGUGAAUAUCUACUUUUUCUGUUUUCGCCCUUUCGUAUUUAGAUGUAAUACAAACACCAUACAAUUUAUAAACCA